AGCAGUAUCUAAAAUUAAACAUUCGAGGCGAGCAGGCUGACUGGCGAGGGCAGAAAAAUUUCCUUUUCAGUGCGUGCUGUUGAGAAAAUUCUAUUUUCCACGGGUGGGAAAAUAUGUCGUCUAAGUGUGCCGCGAAAACGGAGUGAAAGUGAACGGUUUGAAGGUUUCCCGAAUAGAUUUUGCUAGCGGUUCCAUUUCGUUAUCAAAGUUAGUAUCAAGUGGAUCCAUUACGUAGUUAUCAACAUUGCUUGCAGCAGGGGAUGUUGCUGGGUUUGUGUACUGGCUGAGUAGCAUAUUAUACAACGUAGUAAGCGACAGCUUCAGCUGAUUUUGAACAUUUUAACAAGACAGACGUCAAGCGCACGAAUCCAUUCACCAUGGAUCCAGAAGCAUUCUUGGACAUGGCCAAUCAGGUCAUCAAACUAAAGAUGUUUCCGUACUUUGACAUCGCACACAGUCUUUUAUGCGCUUUGAGUGUUCGCGAAGAUUUAGGUCCUGGUGCCCAAGCCUUCUCCAGAAAGCAUCCCCUUUCUUGUUGGCUGUCAACGAUGUUAGUUAUUUUUGCUGGAGGGAUGGUUGCUAAUGGUUUGUUGGGAGAACCAGUUUUGGCACCCUUGAAGAAUACGCCACAAUUGAUAGUAGCUACGGUAGUUUGGUAUCUUGUGUUCUACACCCCGUUCGAUAUAGGGUACAAAGUUGGAAAGUUCUUGCCCAUAAAGAUAGUAGCCAGUGCUAUGAAAGAGAUCUACAGAGCAAAGAAGGUUUAUGAUGGCGUUACGCAUGCAGCUAAAUUGUACCCGAAUGCCUGGAUUAUUAUGAUCAUAAUUGGAACUCUAAAAGGAAAUGGCGCUGGAUUCACGAAACUUUUUGAAAGACUCAUUCGCGGUGCUUGGACGCCAACCGCCAUGGAGUUUAUGCAGCCAAGCUUUUACACCAAAGCAUCACUUGUUGCCUCAAUCAUAUUCGUGCUCGAUAAAAAGACUGAUUGGAUCUCAGCACCUCACGCCCUCGUCUACUUCGGUAUCGUUAUUUUCUUGGUUUACUUCAAACUCUCAUCAAUUCUUCUGGGCAUCCACGAUCCUUUCAUACCAUUUGAGAAUUUAUUCUGCGCUUUGUUCCUUGGUGGAAUCUGGGACAGUCUGGCUAAGAUUUUGGGACGUGGACAAGUCAAGGAAGGCGAAAAUAAGGACGUUAAAAAGACUAAUUAAGGAAAAGCACAAAAAGAUUUUAAUUUACUUCUAAACGUAUUUUAAAUUCAAAAUGGAAAGCCUAUCGAAGAUGGAGGAAGAAGUGCAGCUUUAAGAAGAAACGGCGUUCACGCAAAUGAGGACCUGUUACCCGAUUCAUAACAUUUUUACGAGGAGACUAUUUUUAUUUUUGAACAUUUUAUGAUAUAUUCACAACACCAUCUUCAACAUUGUUAGUCUUAUAUUAUUAGAAAAGUUUUCUGUGUUCAGUCUAGUCAUAUCCUUCUUGAUAGAGAGCAUUUUAAUGUGGGUGAUGUUCGCUACCGACGAGGAUUGCAUCCUUAUUCUUUACUUUUAUGUACAUUGUCCCAUAUUGACUGUAGUUUAAAAACCGAAUUUAUUUCAUAUUUUUAUGUAAUUUUAGCGACAUUAUUUUAAGAGUCAUUUAGUUGAUUGAGGUGCCAAGAGGAGGACAAACAAGAACAAUACCGAAGAAAUAAAGAUAAGAGGUGCUGAGUUAGAUUUUAAUCUCGUUUUAAUCUCGGGAUUUUUAUCUGGAGCUUCAAAGUAAUGUGAAAAUAAAAUUUUGAGAUACAAAAAC